AUGGGCAAUAAAUUUUGGAAAGAUUGGCAUUUGCGAACUCAAAUUUGUAUGAUUUAAUUCGCUAUUUCAAUUCUUACGAUUGGCUUAAUAGCCAUCUCAACUUAUUCAUUUAUGUUCUAUAUUUCUGAUUUUUAUAUGGAAGCAUCAGAGCAUUUAUUUUAAAAAUAAUAUGGAUAAUGGACUAAAAUAAUGAUGUCUCAUAAUAUUCAUCGAGUAUAAUAAACUUUAUUUAGAAGUCAAUAACAAAUUAUGAAAGUAAAUACUUUAUAUGAAAUGACUCAGUAAAUAAUGUUAAGCAAUUUAUAAUAACCAACUUCAUGUCUAAAUGAAUUAAAAUUAAUGGAUGAUUAUGCUUACAGUGCUUCAUUUUGUUAUAUGAUAUAUAAAGACACUUAAUCAAAUAAAAUCCUAUAAAAUCUCAAAGAUCUCUCUGCAUUUUUGACAGAAAGUGUACAUAUAAUUGAUUAAGAUUUUGAUAUUAUGAUAGCAUCAUCAAAUGAUAUUCAUUUUUUUACAGUUUGGCCUGGCUCAUUUUUAAGUUCUGAUUACAAUCCUUAAGAGAGAAUUUGGUAUCAGUAACAUUUAGAAUAAUUGGCUUUGAAUAAUAAUAAUAAUAAUUCAACAUAUUAUAGUGAACCUCAUAUCCAUUGGACUUGGAAACUCUUAAUGAUUGCUCAAACAAAAAGUCUAUUAAAUAUUGAUGGUUCACUUGAUGGAGUAAUAGCGUCUCAUGUAAAUUUCAGCCAAUUUAAUUAUUCUGAUGAUUAAGUAAGCUUUACUAUCAUAAAUCCAACAGGUAGAAUACUCUUAAGUUCUAAAAAUGUUACUGAAUAUUCACAUAUAUAUGAUUAUAAUAUCACUAAUUUAGGUUAUCAAGAUUAUCAGUAGAUAUUAAAUCAAGCAUAAGGUAAACCUACAUAAAGUAAUUGUGAUUCUACUGUUUGGAAUGAUUAUGGAUAUUUAUGUAGAAAAACUUAUAAUAAAUAAGAAGAGGAAUUAAUAAGUACAAAAAGCAUAGAAGAAACAGGAUUGAUUUUUAUUAUGUAAACAUUUAUUUAAUAAUUAUUAUAGGUAAAGCAAACUCUCAAAAUAUCAGAUUGAAUUUAAGAAUAUGUUUAAUACUUUCUAAUCAUAAUUAAACAACAUAUUUGUAGGAACAAUUCUAGGUUUCUUUUUUUAUAUGCUAUCAUCUCUAAUUAUUACAACAUGCGUAGUUAUUUUUUUAUUUAAUCCCAUAAUCAAAAUCAUUAAUUAUACAUCUUAAUAAUUAUUCAAAAAUAGUCUUAAUAAAAAAAACUUUCUUUAGAAACAAAAUCAAUUUUCAUUCUUUUAACAAUUAUCAACUUCUUAAUUAUUGAAUGAUUUACAAUAAUCAUUUAACAGACUAAUUCACAUUACAACAAAUUAAAAUAAAUCUACUAUUUGUUAUUUAAUUGAAGGUUUUAAAUACCCAUAUAAGAGAUGGAAAUAAAAAAGGUCUAAUAAAAGAAUUAGAAAUAUAAAUCUUAAAUUAAAAGAUAAUUUAUAAAAUGAAGAAACCCAUAAACUUUAAAUGUAGAUUAUAAAAUAAUUAAUGAUAUCAGAGUUAAAAAUUAAUGGCUGUAUCUGA